AUGACCUCAAUCCCAAUCCACCAGCUUCGAUACCUGGCGACUCUGACAGUCGAUCCGUACGAAGCCGUACGACCGCCCAGGACAGCCCUCAGUGAGGAUGAUCGACACGGUUACUAUGAUCUUCAGGCGACAUGUAUGGAUAAUCCAGACGGGUGUACAUCGCGCCGAAAGAAGACCGCAUGCAUAACCUUCUUUCCUUUUGCCCAGCGCUCCACCGUCAGAGGGACCAGACUUAGACGCUCCACAUCUGCGAGUCAAACGCAAGAUGCAAGUCCAGCGAGCGCGAUGCAUCUCUCGGCACGCACACCAACGCUCGAGACGGGCGUCGAGAACCAAGCCGACAAGGAACAGCUGCGGCUCUGGGUGCCGAGGCUAUCUUAG